GAUGGCGGCGUAGACCUGCCUGUCCGCUGGAAAACAAUAGAAACAGCACAGAGGGAAUGAGUUAGCCCGUUCUAACUCACUAACCCGUUAUCCGAGCUUAAACCGGAGAUAGAUUCACUUGGUCUCGGCCAGGGUGGGAUUAUCGGCGCCGUUGCCUCGGAGGAGAGAACUUUAAAGUAUGAUGCUUUAUUUAAAUGUUUCGGGCUAGCCUGUUAGCCAGCUAGCCGAUCGUUAGCCCGUCUAUCUGAAAACACAGUGUUACUUAGCAGCUAGCGGCUAACGGCUAGCAGGAGGCGGAGGAUCAGCUGUUUGUAGACAGAUGCUGUAGAAGAGCGGAGAGCAACACUUUCACAUGAGUGAAGGCCAUUAGCAAGACAAAGGUCGCCUGCAUGGAGCCAGCACACGAGUCUUUGUAAAGGGCGAGGGGGGGUGUAUAGACGCCCAGAGUGAAAAAGAGCCUAAUUCAGCAUUUUAUGGACCUGAGCAACCUGAGCUGGGAGUUUACUACAAGUCUGUAUUGAUGAUGGCGGAUUUUGUUACACCGCGACACAGCGCGGUGAUGGAGAGGCUCCGCCGGAGGAUCGAGCUCUUCCGGCAGCAUCACAACAGCUGCGAGAGCCGCUACGAGAACGCCACGCUGGAACGGCUGGAGCUGGAGAGGCAGCAGACCUUCGCCCUGCACCAGCGCUGCCUGCAAGCCAAAGCCAAGCGGUCCAACAAGCACCGGCAACCCCAGACCAGCGCAGACCAGGCCGGACAGAGAGCGCCGGGUAGCGGAGGAGGAGGCAGCACGGAGCACGGGGAGAGCGGCGGGACGGCGGCAGAGCAGAGCAGGAACAGCACCCUGAUAGCGCUGCAGGAGACGGUGAAGAGGAAGUUAGAGAGUGCCGGUUCUCCUCUGGGCAGAGAUCAGGUCAACGGUUUCAGUGACGGUUUCCCUCCAAACAAGAAGGCCUGUCUGGACAACGGCACCGCCAAUGGCUCCCCACUCGAUUCCAAGCUGGGCAUCAGCGACGCUCUGAACUCUAACGGGACUCACGGACCUGCAGGGGACACGACGGACGGCGGCAGAGAGGCAGGAUUGGACUUCCAUCGCAAGGAGAUGAAGCAGGAGCCCGACGACAUCCUGCCCAUCAUGCCGCCAUCAGGGAGCGGGAACAACAGCCUGUUCCCAGACCUGAACCUGAACGAGCAGGAGUGGACGGAGCUCAUGGAGGAGCUUAACUGUUCAGUGGCCUACGAGGACAUUCAGGACAUCCUCAAUGACAGCCCCCUGGAGCUGGCUCCGACCCCGGGUGGUGCUGGGGCGGUGGGAGGAGGGGCAUCAGGAGGAGGAGGAGGCCAGUCGUCUCAGAGUCUCCUCCCUCCUGAUCUGGCCAGUGUGAAGACGGAGUUCUCCCCUGCUUCCGUGGCCUUCGACCAGGACUCUCGCACCGGCUCCCCCCAUGUUAGGUCCACCUCCUCGGGGCCCCCUCCUCACCCCACCAACUCCCCCGUCGCCUCCUCUGCCUCCUCCCCAGCUCUGCCCCCGUCCCAGCCGGCUCCUCCCCCCAGACAGCUCCAGCCUCCCCCCAACCACCUCCUCCCCCCAGGCCCCCCAGGGCCCAAAGACCUGUCCCCCGCUCAGCAGCUGCAGCAGCUGGCCGCCCAGCAGCAGAGAGCGCAGCACCUCCACGGCCAGCUGCAGCACAAACAGCCUCAGCCAGGGGCCAAGUUCCACAACCAGGGGCCCCACGCGCACCCCCCAGCCUGGACCCAGAUGCCUAAUACCUCUCAGAGCACACUAGGUGGUGUCUUUGGUAUGGACAAGCCCACAAGCCCCUCCCUUUACCCCCAGGACUUCAACCCUAGCACCCAGAAGCAGCUGCUGAUGCCGGGUCAGCCCAACAAGGGCUCGCCCAAGGCGGGGGCCACCAGCUACAUGCAGGUUCCCCCUGGACACCCCAACAUGCUAGGUCACCCCACGCCAGGGCCCCCUCUCAACCACCCGCCAGCACCAGGAGCUCAGGCCUCAGCAAACAUGCCGGACUACAAAAACACCAAACCCCUGUCGCACUUUGAAGCAGGGCCGGGACCACCACGCCCCCCCAACACGCAGAGUCAGAACAAGGCGGCGCUGCUGUCGCUGCUCAGACAGCAGCAGCAGAUGAAGCAGAAGAACAGCAUGAACUUCCGGCAGCACAUACCACACUCGCAGGACCAGAACACGUAUCCCGCUCCUCCACACGGCCCAGGUCCGGCCAACAGCAUGGCCUCUGCACCCGGAAACAACGCCAUGACGGCCCAGCAGGGGGCAAACGCCAUCGCAGGCAACCACAGUAACGCAGCGUACCUGAGCAGCCAGGCGGCGGUGGCAGCAGCACUGAAACAACAACAACAGCAUCAACAACAACAUCAGCAGCAGAUCCUGGAGCAGCAGAAGCAGCAGUACAUGCAGAGACAGCAGCUCAUGGCUGAACAGGAGAAGCAGCGUCAGCAGGACCAGCAGCUUCAGAGACACCUGACCCGACCUCCUCCACAGUACCAGGACCAGCCGGGACAAGCAGCCAAUCAGAACCCUUUCCCUCAGCCGCCAGUCAACCAGUUUACAGCUUCCUCUCAGCCAAUGGGCGGUGUUGGCUCGAUGGGAGGCCCCGCCCCUGGAUCCCAGCGUAUGUUCCCUCAGAACCAAGGCAUGCUGGCUAUGAACAUGGGUCAGGGAGGUGUGUCUGCUGGUGGAGUUGCCCCGCCCCCUGCGGCAAACCAGACUGACAUCAGUCUGUCGUCUUGUGGAGGUGGAGGGGGCGGGGCCGGCGUUGAUGUGCAGCAGGCACUUUAUAACAGCAUGAACCUUCACCCCAACCACCCAUCUCACCCGGCCCACCCGUCUCAGCAGGCCGGCCUGCAGCGUCAGACUCUGGGCGCCAUGAGCGCCCCCUACAGGCAGAACCUGCUAGCUCAGCAGCAGCACCUAAAGGCGCAGCCUAACGCAGCCAUGUUGAAGCAACAGCAGUUGGCGGCAGCGGCGGCGGCCCGAAUGCCGGGCUCCAUGCAGAACAAUAUGGGCGCUAACCUGCCUGCCUCCAUGGCGGCGGGCAUGCAGGGUGCUCAGAGCGCCGCCUGGCAGCAACAGAUGGCCAAUCAGCCGCCGUCCAGCAACGCCGGCCUGCCUCCAAACGCCUUCAACAAUGCCCCCAACGCCUUCCACAUGCAGCAGCAGCAGCGCAUCGCCAAGAUGGCACCCAACGCCACACCCUUUGGUGCCAACCCCGGCGGACGUCCAAUGGGAGGCCUGAACCCCGGACAGCAGAUGAUGCAGACAAACAUGGCUGCUCAACAGAGGGCGCAGCCCAACCCUCAGAGCCUCGGCCAGCCUAUGGCCAAUCAGCAACAGACUCAGCAGCAGCAGGCCAAUCAGGGCCAGGGCGUUCUGCCAGACCUUGCUGCCUUUGGACAGCCGCAGGGCAACGGUCGCCAGGGAAUGCAGUGUAACCAAGGUUACCAGGUGACCAGGACUGCCAAUCAGCAGCAGCAAGUAUCGUUCGGUUACAACGUGGCGUCAGGGAGCUUCGCUGGCGAGAGCGAGCUGGUCGACUCUCUGCUGAAGAGUCAGAGCACGCAAGAGUGGAUGGCUGACCUCGACGAGCUGCUCGCCAGCCACCACUAGUCACACAGACAGAGUUACGCCAGAAAACGCCGUCUGCACCGAGGACGAGGCUCCGAGGACUUCUUUGCAAAACAGACCUGGGCCGCCAUGUUUGGCCCGCUCUGAUUGGUCGAUUCAGACACCAGGUGUGUCAGCGUUGGCCGCAGCGUGAGCUGAAGGUCACUCUGCUCCUCGCUCCGCCUCUGAACGCCAGCCGAUGGUCUCAGUGGAGAUGUUUGGUCCUUCAUGUUUGUUCAGACGUGCAGACGGUCUGGUCACGGGAACGUUCUAAGUUCUCACGUCAUCACAGCAGAACGGCGAGCCGUCGGAGAGUUUUAAACCUCUCUCUGCUCAGCAAGAGUCACGCCAGACUCCUUUUAUUAAUCUAUUGAUUUACCGAUCAGUUGGCUGCUGCAGAUUUACACUCCGGCGAGAACAAGACUGAAGGUUUUUUGGUUUUUAAGGAGCAGGAAAUGAAUUUAAUCAAGUAAAGAGCUGAAAAAUCAAUAAACGAAUAUAAAGGGUGAUGGAGAGACACAUCAGAGUCUGAAUGUUGGCAGGUUUUCAGAUGAUUAAUUUAGUUUAAUCCCUCUAAAAACAUCCAGAUUGUUGUAUCCCAUCAUGCUUCAGUCCUGUUCUACCUUUGUGUGUAAAUCUGUAACAGAGCGACGGGUCAGACUGAUCUGGAGUCUGUGCUGAAGACUGAAACAUCGUAGACCAGAGACUGCAUGGAGGAGGCGUAUUUAGACUACUACUGAACCACUGCACCUGCUCCACAGCGCCACCUACAGGCCCACAGCUCCCACAUCCUUAAAACAUUCUAUUACAACUGAAACAAAGAGAAACCCUAACUAACAUGAUUCUUAAAAAUAAGCUGAAUGAUGCUACAUUUUAAAGGAGCAUUCUGCUGUUUUUGCAUGUUUUCCUCAAAAGUUAAGUAUUGUGGUUUUCAUUUUUCCUGAGGAUGCAGAGGCAUGGUUCCUGCAUUUUAAGUCUGAUUUUUUUAACACUUUGGAGUCUAAAAAGAAAUAUAGAAGUCAAGUUUUGAGUGUUGUCUGUAGAUUUCUGCAGCCUGCAGCAGUCAAUCAUGGAUUAAUGGCUCUGAGGUCGUCUUUGGAGACUGAAGCCCCAGCCUUUACUGUCUGUUUACCUGCUGCAUGAUGAAGAAAUCUCCUUAAUACACUAAAAAAUUUCUACAUUUAAGUUCAUAAAGCCCCCAAAUUUGUAAGAAAAUCCCCCAGGUUGCAAAACACUUAAAUUCCCUUAAAGCAAAAAAAAUAAGCAGUGUAAUAAUCUGAUCCUGUCUGCUCAUCUCUGGCCUUUAUUCUAGUGUGGUAUAAAUUUACCACAGCAUGUUCCUGUGAUGAAACUAAAUCAGACGUUGUCUGAGCCUGACUAAUUUACAUGUCUUAGGCAAAUAUGAGCAUCAGGCUCAGUUAUUUAAAUAUCUACUACAGAGCAGCUUGUUUGUUUUAUGGAAAUAAUCUGCAGACGUGUUUACUAAAGACAAACCUAUCCACUGAGUUUCUCUCUUCUUAUGAUUCCAGCUGCAGUAAAACUUAAACUUUUAUCAGAGCUUCAAAAACAUUUAUUAUCAUUGCAGUCUGGCAUCAGUAAUCCUCUGUAGGAUGUUUUGUCGUAGUCCACCUUCAGGACGUUCUUAUUCUUUCUAUGAUAUUCUUAAACUCUAAGCGACUUUACUCAGUAUACAGCAGAGAUUUCAAAGAAAUCACGAUUAUUAGAGAUGGUGUGAUGUGACCCUGCUCUGCAAAAACAUCACAUUUGUUCAGCUGACGUCUCCUGUCAGACAUUUAAAACAGCAGGUUUAAACCAAAAUGCCUCAUGUCAGACAUAUUAAAAUGAGAAGAAGGACCACAGCGAUGUUUUUGUGCAUCCAUCCUCAGUAAAAUAUGCAAAAACAUCAAAAUAUUCCUCUAAAAUCUGAAGGUUAAGAACUGGUGAAGAAAACUGCUGCAGAAAUGACAUUUUCUUUUCUGAAUUUCUGUUUUUCUCUAAACUUAUUUAUGCUGCUGUCUCUGGAUAAUAACCUUGCUUUCCCCUUUAAUAAUGAAUCUAGGGAUGUGCAUUUAUACGAGAACUACUCUCUGAAAGUCACUGGGAAUUAUUCAAAGAUCUGAUUUUACAAAUGUAUUUUAUUCCUGCACCGAUGUGUUAUAAAGCUCCAGUGUUUUGGAGCAACUGGGAAUAAUUUUAGUAUUUCCUUGCAGGAAUCAUCAGAUCAGAACGGUCUUAAUCCUACGUUUCAGACAUUAUGGAGGCGUUUUAGAGGCUGGUAUUCCAGAGUUUCCUUUGAUUCUGAAACAUUAAAAAGUUCUCAGCAGUAAAGAGUCGGAACUAAACUUCCCGGUGACAGCCGCCAUUUAUUUCACAUUUAAUUCAGAAUGAACUGAAAUGUAGUUUCUAUACUGAGCUAUGGAUAAAGCAUUAAUUCUAGCGCUUGUUUUCUGAUUGAACUCAAACACAGAAAACACAGCAGUGAGACAAGAUCCACGAAGUUUAAUAAAGAUGCCGCUGUACAUCUAAACUCUGUUCAAGCCUUAAUGAAAAGGGACAUUUUGCAGAAACUGAAGAAUUCCAUGAAACAGGAGCCAGUUUUCUGUCUGCUUCCUCCAGCUGUAGCUGCAUCCAGGAUCCUGAUUUUGUUGUGAUUUAAAGAAUAAAUGCAUUCAGUGAAUAAUUUUAGAAAUUUUCUGACACAAGCAGCUUAGAGAGAGAAGGACGGAUCCACAGAGGAGACAAAACUAGGAGGAAAAUUUUCCCUGAACUUAAAAAAUUAAACAUAAAUUUAAAUCUUUAAUGAUCAUUUAAGACUUAAAUCUUCAACUGUGCAGGUCUUUAUGGUGCUAGUGUGAUUUUUAAGGUUACAAAAUCUUUAUGAAUUCGUCUUUCUGAAAUACUCUAUUUGGAUUUAACAUCUAUGGAAGCCCAAAGCGGACACAGCAUUUUCCAACAAAAAGCAGUUUUUGAGUACAAUUUGAGAAUUAUUCAUGUUGUGUUCUGAUGAUACUGAUGCUGUUUUCUAGUCGUACGUAAACGUCUACAUCAUAUGAAAACAACUGAAAUCAGCAAGGGGUGGGCGACGCUUUAUUUUUCUGUUGAUUUCACCCGUGCCAGGUCGAAAUGUAAAUCCACCUGCAGAGGGCUGCCGCACCACAUCUGAAGGCUGUUUUUUAAAUUAGUUAGGACAAUAGUAAUGGUUGAGGUGCUUGAAAGGUCUCAGUUCUUCUGUUUUAACAAACACUUUAUUGUAUCCAAUAUAUAAAUUAGGGAAAAUUACUGCAUCUAGAGUUAAAUUAUCCAAAACAAUAAGAAAUAAUUAAGUGACCCUCAAAGAGUUUUUCCUUGAAAUGCAUAUCCCUAAAUUAACAAUUUAUAAAUCCAGCAUUUUUUCUUUAUUACAUUCAAAUAAAUCUUUAGGAAACAAGCAGACAACACAAGUUAUGAAACCUAUAAAUGAAUCUCCACUUAAGACUUCCGUAGACCUGGUGUAAAGGGUUUGAAGUUGAAAUUUGGCUUUGUCACUGUUAAAAAAACACUUUGAAGCAGCUUUUAAGUCAUUAUUCCACUCUAAAUUGUGCUCUGCCUUUCUGAUUUGAUUCUGUUUGUGAAAAGACUUUAAAUUGUUUAAAUUAAUCCCGUAACGUCGGCUAUAGAUUAUAAAUUUAAGGAUGAAUAUGGACAAAGUGAAGCAUUCACUCCUCCUGUUGCUCAUUCAAAAUUCAAGUUGGACUUAAAACGUUCUGGUCAAUUUUUAAUAUCAAGAUUCCUCAUCAUGGCUGCUCAAAGAUGCUGCUCAUAAUUGGCGCCUCUGAAGGUUUAAAGGAAGAUCCAUGAGCCGGCGGUGAUCCUGUUUUUUUGGCAAAUCUGGCAGACCUGAGCUGGCGGUGGUCCUGUUUUUUGCGGAUCUGUGAGCUAAAGGCGGUCCUGCUUUUUGGCGGGUCCGUGAGCCGACAGUGGUCCUGUUUUUUGGUGGAUCUGUGAGCCAGCGGCGGUCCUGUUUUUGGCGGAUCUGUGAGCCGGCAGUGGUCCUGUUUUUUGGCGGAUCUGUGAGCCGGCAGCGGUCCUGUUUUUUGGCGGAUCCGUGAGCUUCCAGCGGUCCUGUCUUUUUGGCGGAUCUGUUAGCCGGCAGUGGUCCUUUUUAUUUGGUGGAUCUGUGAGCUGCCAGCGGUCCUGUUUUUUGGCGGAUGUUCUAUCUACUGUACUGUUCAUACGUCUUCAGAGAAACGUUUGCGGACCUGUUGUGUAUUUUAUUUGUAAAAUUAUUUCGGGGCUGGUUUCGUGUUCUCGUCUGCCGCUCUCCUGCCGACCUCUGGCCCAGCUUGGCUCAUGUUCAGCCCGGCCCGGCUCGGCUCGGCCCGGCAGGUUUUCUCGGUUUCUCUCUUGUGAACGGGCUCUGUGUAAAUGUCUAUAAAUAUAUUUUUUGUAUGUAAGCCUUUCCUAAUGAUGUGGAGAAGAUAGAUGUUAUUUUUAUAUAUUGCAGCGGAGUUUUUGUAAGUAUUUUAUACUUUUGAUAUGGUUCUCUGUAAAACAAGAGUAUUAUGUAAAUAUAGUUCUUUAGAAACA